GCGAGAGUAGAUAAAAACAUCUAGGCCACUAAUUUUCGUAUAUAAAGGUCUGUCAAGUGCCCUUGGAUCCAGUGUUGUCCUGGGUAAACCAGAGUUAACGCAUCAUGAGACGAAUUAUUAUGGUGGCAUUGGGAAUAGUCUGCGUUGUGGAUGCUAAAGCAGACAGUUACGCCCAUUCAUUUCAACAUUUUAAUGGACCAGUUACCGGUGAUGAUACAGAGGUGACUUGGACCGAUCGACAUGGUUAUCAACAUCAGGAUUAUACGGCUGAUCCGCAUUACGAAUUUGCAUAUGGGGUUGAGGAUCCUAGCACAGGAGAUCUUCAUGGCCGGAAGGAGCAUCACGACGGCAAAGCAGUUACUGGUGAAUACACGGUGAAGGAGCCGGACGGCAACAUCCGAAGGGUCAGAUAUCGAGCCGACGAGGACGGCUUUCAUGCCCAAGUUCUCAACAGCAAAGAUCGGAGUGAUGAAGACGAGUGA